GCCGGUAGAUCAACUCGGGAAGGUCGAUUGAAGCCCUUUUAGCCGACAAACAUGAUGUCCCUUGCCGCCCGUUCGGGUGCAUUUCCCCCUUACCUUCUAACUACAAAUCAUGCCGUGGCAGGUCCACUGAAGGCUUUGAUUCCGGGCGUCGUCACGAAGAGCGAUAAACUCUUGAUGGACACAAAAAAACCGUUCCUGUGUCGCGAGUCCUUGUCUAGCCAGAGCGCUAAAUCCGGGCUUGCCGUGUCCGUCAGCAUCAACGCUCUCUGUGGAGUGCGUUUCGCCCACACAGACAUCAAGGUCCCUGAUUUCUCUGACUACCGUCGGCCUGAAGUUUUGGACCCAAAGAAGUCCUCACAAGAGAGUGGUGAGGCCCGGCGGGCCUUCUCUUAUCUGAUCACAGGUUCCACUGCUGUGAUUGGAGUCUACACUGCCAAGACAGUCGUCACACAAUUUGUCUCCUCCAUGAGUGCCUCAGCUGACGUGCUGGCUUUGUCUAAGAUUGAAAUUAAGCUAUCAGACAUCCCUGAGGGUAAGAACAUGACCUUCAAAUGGAGAGGGAAGCCCCUGUUUGUCCGCCAUAGAACAGAAAAGGAGAUCGCAGUUGAGGCUGAUGUUAAUCUUGCUGAGCUUCGAGACCCCCAGCAUGACAAAGACCGAGUUUUGAACCCAUCCUGGGUAAUCGUCAUCGGUGUGUGCACCCACCUUGGCUGCGUGCCCAUCGCUAAUGCUGGUGACUAUGGUGGCUAUUAUUGCCCCUGCCACGGCUCACAUUACGAUGCAUCUGGUCGCAUUAGAAAAGGACCCGCUCCACUCAAUCUGGAGGUGCCUUUCUAUGAGUUCCCAGACGAUGAAACAGUGAUCGUAGGAUAAAGGAAAGGACUAUGCUCCAAAACUAUGAUCAACACUGAAUCUGUUCUUUCCUGGUCUGUUUUUGCCCAUCUUGUUUCAGACACAAAUUAUCUACAUUGACUAAGUGGUUAAGAAAGUUUAAUUGUAAGAAAUAAAUGUGUAUUUUAUCUUCUAGAAAGCCUCCGUAAGUGUUAUUUAUUCAGGCUCAACAUAUAAAUCAAGUUUUCUUGACAAUUACAUGGGAUGGUUGUUUUAUGCAAUGUAGGUAAUCCACAUAAGGAGGAAAUUAGAUCUCCGCUAUAGACUCAUAAUAUGAAGAGAAAAAUGUCAAAGCCUUGGAAAUUUUUUAACCGCAGAAACUCAUAAGGGAUGGUUGCAGCAGGGUAUUUUUCAUUUGUAGGUGAACAAAAUGUAAUUACUUCAGCAGAACUCCAGCAAUGAUACAAUGUUCAAGGUGACAGAUUGCUGUGAUACUGUGAAACAUACUUUUUUCACAAGAAUAAAUUCACAAGCAGUGAUGAUUGUUACGAUUUUUUGAUUAUAGCUAGAUUUUAUAGGAACCUAAGUACAGCAAAUAUAAAAUAUUUAUUGAUUUUUAAAAUAUACUUGCAUAAUCUAUUCCUAAUAAACUGUGAGAAGAAAGAGCUCUAAGAUGUAAACUGAAUAAAAGCUUCACACAAACAAUAUAAACUUCACAUUUUUAAAGGCCUUUUUAGGGACACAUAUUAGCUCCCAAAAUUACACCUAAAACUUAAACAGAUCACCAGAAUGUGACUAGUAUUAGAAUGCUGCAAAUAUAAAGUAAAACUUGAUAAAGAUAAUGAAUUGUAAGCUUAAGAAAAUUCAAACAGUCUUAACAUCAAAACUGCAGAUAUUAAUGUUUCACUACUAAUUUAGAAAUUUCCAUCACCUCGUCCAGAUUUAUCUAGAGUAAAAGUGUUUUUUUGUUUGUUUUUUUUUAUUAAUAUAGAGGCAUCAUAUGGUGCUGGAGGUUCAAAUCUGUACAUCUGCUGUGCCUAGGGGAAAGUAGAGAAAAUGUGCAUACCUCUCAUGCUGUCUUAACAUGAGCAGUAGUGAUUAAGGAAGUUAAACCUGGCCAACAUGGCUGUCAUUCCCAGACUUCAUUGAGUAAACCAUCCAUGAAUAGAAGUACUUGAUGUCUCUCUUGAUAGAGCAAAGGAGAGACAAGUAAUGCUUUAAUGCUCUCAAGUUUAGUUUUUUGUUUAAUCAAGGUUCUAUUCACACUUUGUUAGAAGGGAUGAAUUGAUGCUGUGUUCAUUUGUGCAACACCUGUUGUACAACCUCAUUUUACAAAAAAAUAUUAAACAGAUGGUUAAGAUUCGAAAUG